AUGUCCCGCAACACCCGCGCUUAUGCGCAAGAUUCGAAGCACGAUCUCUCGGUCGUCGAAUUCAAGGAGAAAUGUAGGGACGGCCUUGUCCUUGACUCGGCUGCCAUUUUCAGACGACCACAGCAGACUAAUGGUACUGCAGCUCCGGAAUCGAUCUCGGGCACCAAGCGCAGUGGAGCUGCCAUGAAUGAUACCACCAGUACCAAGAAAAGGAAGACCUCCACAGAGGAGCCGGCUCGCAAAUCCUGGGAGCAGGUGGAACAAGAGGUGGGAGAGAGGAACAUGGCAAAUCCAAAGGUUGAGCUGGAAGUCAUCCCUGGCGAGGCCUGCCGCACAGUCCUUUCGAUCAAGGAGAUUGGCGAACACAUCUGCGCCAACCUCGACACGAGGAGCAUUCUCCGCGCGCGUCAAGUCAAUCGUGUCCUUCGACAGACCAUCGCGGGCUCCUCGCCGCUGGGGUCGAUCAUCUUCCUAUCAGCGAUGGACUCGCCGCCGAAGGGCACACCAGCGGUGCGUGUCGGCGGAGGGAACGCAGGUACACAGCAGCUCGACCCGGACGACGAAGCACCCGAGCCACCCAACUACGUGCUGUACAACCCAUUCGUCUUCGACCCACCGAACGCCCACUAUCCCGUCCGCAUUCUCACAGUCAGUGACAAGUUCGCAAACUGGGUGACGAACACAUCAGACGGGCCCUUUCCACUCCUCGAUGACAUGUUUCUCAUCAACCCACCAAUCGAGGACCUCGCCAUUUACCUCGCCGAGAACACUUACGACGGCGAGAUCCAGGGAGAGUGUUUGUUCGAGGAGGACGGCCAGCACAGUGAGCGAGAAGCCGGUGAUUUUCAGCACUGUGGACACAUCACCACACGCACGAUCUGGCAGCGCUCGGGAUUAAGGGUGCGCCAUCUGGUGGGGUUCUCGAGGAGACAUUUGGUCACGCUCCGUGAUGACGAGGAGACGUGGUACUCGGCGAAGAAUUGUUUGGUGGUGUUGCCGGAGGAUCACGAGGUGUUGCAGGGCGAUGUGUUUCAGGAAGCAGAGGCGGAGGACGAGAGGGAGUAA